UGCUGCAUAUAAACCUGGAGCUCAGAAAGAGAAACAUAUUUUGACACGAUGGAUCUCGCACUGCUUGUGCUCCUGCUCGCGGCUCCCGCGCACACCUGGCUGUCUCUAGAGGACUGGGGCUCUGGCAGAGUCGAGGGCUCCGUCGGGGAGUUUGGACAGUGCGUUUGCAACGUGUUCCUGCCCGAUACUUCAUUCCCAGCGGACCGUGUGGAGCAGAUGCAGACGUCCUCGAGUCAGCUCUCGGUAGAGAUCAAACUCCACAUCAGCAAGGUCAGCAGUCUGAAAGUUCAGCUAGUCAUUCUUCUCGGCCAGCUGUCCAACCUGACGGGUCGCGUGGAGAGUCUGGAGAGCGGACCGGACAAGUACAUCAAACUAGAGUUCGAGCUCCUCCGCAUUGAGCUCAGAGAGUUUGAGUAUCUGGUCACGCAACUGAAGACUUCUCUAAACUCCUCUUCACCCGCCUUCGAGAGUCUUUUCAUCGAGAUUCGCAAUAUGAGUUUAAUUGUGGAUCAACUGGAGAGCUACGACCGAAGCAACUUAGAAGUGAUUCGCAUCGAGUUCGCCAAACUUCAGCGGAAACUGGAGAAAUGCCAGGAUGAUAAGGAUGACUACUCUAAUGCACAAAUAGGGUCCUGUAAGCAUGGAGGCAUUCUCAGGAUUGGAAAACCCGUGGUCAGCCAGCUAAACGCAGACUUGAAUGCAGGUUUCAAGUAUGGAGGAUGGGGUAAAGACUCCAAGCCCUUGCCUGGCUCUGAGAACAUGCACUGGUACUACGGCUUUACGGACACUCUGGUCUCUAAAAUCACACUGUACUCUGACUACUACAAGCUGAUCAUGAGACAGGUCUUUAAGAAACAUGAGCUUUACGACAGAUAUAAAUAUGAUUGGCAAGGCACUGGAAACAACUACAUUGUGCGAGAAAACACCUUGUACUAUCAGUUCAGACCCACUUUUGCUAUGGCAAAGUUCAACAUGACCAGUGCGACAGCUCAGUACAAGGCGAUUCCCAAUGCCAGCACUAGAUUCUCAUACCAUUACUCGGCCAACCAGAACCUGGACUUCGCAGCCGAUGAGUCGGGCUUGUGGGUAACUUACGCCACGGAGGAAUCGAACGGUAACCUGGUUUUAGGGAGGAUCAACGAGGAGACAUUUGAAGUAGAGCAGGUUUGGCAGACCAGCGAAUACAAGCAGUCAAUCACAAACGCAUUCAUGAUAUGCGGCGUUCUGUACGCGACCAGGUCAGUAGAUACCCAAACAGAGGAGAUCUUUUACACCUAUGACACCAAUAAAGACGAGGAAAGCCACGUUAGCAUUCGCUUCGAGAAGUUCCAGGACUUUUACGUGAACCUGGACUACAAUCCUGCCGAUCAGAAGCUUUACAUGUACAACAACGGAUACUAUGUGUAUUAUAAUGUGAAGUUCAAGGCUGCUUAGAUAAACAACCGCUUUCAAACUUUACUGAUAAUUGACAAUGUUAUAUUUUACAAAUAUUACAAUAAAAUUAUACACAAGCAUCA